AUGCGCAGCUCCUCCACCUCUUCAGCCCGCCGAGACAAACAAGAGGAACGCAGAUCGCGGUCGUCCAGAAAGCGUAGUCGGAGCCGUAGUCGCGAGGAGUUGACCAGGAAAGUCGUUAAGCGCCAACACACCGAGGAGCCAGAUCGACAGCGUUUGAAAUCCGAAGUCAAGGCCAAAGACAGGAACCUUGAACUCACGGAUGAGCUGCCGACCCUGCCGUUUGUGCACCACUACCGAAGUGGCAAGUUAUUUUACGUGCGCGAGUGCUACAAGAUAUACUACAAGCUCGUCAAGGCAAUGCUAGACGACCAGGAGAGGUGCAUUACGGUGACUGGGACCCCAGGCAUCGGCAAGUCCGUGUUCUACGCCUACUGUUUCCAGCGCCUCCGGGAGGACCAGCCUGACACUUGGAUUAUCACGGCUGCCUACCAUAGGAAUCGCCUGAUACUGACCACUGUCUUCAAAGGAAGCGACGAAGGGAAACGACUGCGGCCAACGGAAGACGUACUUCUUGAUGUCUUCGAGGAGGCUUCUACAAAGAAGAAGAGCGUGAUCUACUUGUGUGACGGGCCUCCACCAUCGGUGCAGGGAAUGUGUCAAAUGGUUGUAUUCACAGACCCAAACGAAGAAUGGUUCAGGCAAGUGAGGAAGGAUGGCUUAACUCUUUUCAUGCCUCUCUGGACGUACAAGGAGCUAGAACAAGCCGCAUUGGCACUCGCUAUCGCGGGAUCAAGCCAAAUCAGUGGCGAUGCUCUCAAGACGAGGUUCGACACUUUCGGUGGUGUGGCUCGCGAAUGCCUUUCACCUUUCGAAGAUUUCGUCGACUACGCGAAGAGUGAUCGUAUCGAUGAGCUAAAGCAGAUUACCAGCCUGGAUGAACUUCGGAACCUCUUCAACGUAGAUCCGAAUCGCAGCACCUGUCAGCGUGUCCUUCAUUGCUUUCCAAUUGAUGCCAAAGGGAUGAAGAAGGAUACGAAACUCGCGUCGCCUUUUGUCGUUGAGAGCCUUGCGAAGCGUAUGCUGGAAUCGUCCAAGAACGACAUGGAGAAGUUGCGAACGUUGCUGAAGGGAUUCCCGCAAGGUGCACCGCUCUUGAAAUGGCUCAGCGAGUUUGACGUGGCGAACCCCCACGAAGGAGCAAAACUGUGA